AUGCUCUCUGAGUUUUUGAAAUCUGUCUUUCGUUUCCGAAAAACGAAUCUGAGUGUGUUGCUGAGCACAACUUAUAUAAUACUUUGGUUGCUCUUCGCCUAUGAUAGAAGCAGUUACAAAUUUGCAGCGCCAAGUAACAACGAUUUUGAUGGAGCGCCUAUUUUAUUAGAAACAGCAUGGCUUGACCUUCAGGUGGUAACGAAGGGCUUUCAUCCAUAUUUUACAAAGGAUAACACUAGGGUCCAUGACUAUUUAUUAAAUCGUGUUUUAAACGUUACAAAAGCAGUCCCCUUUGCGCAGGUUUAUGAUGAUAUGCGUGAAAAAUCUUCUAUAGCCCUGAAAAGGAAUGAUGUUUUUAACCCCUCUUCUAAAAUAGAUCGAGCUUAUUAUUUUGAGUCGGCUAACAUUUUGGCCAAAAUUGAAGGAAAGAAUGUCGAAUUGCCUGGGAUCCUCCUUUCAGCCCAUUAUGACUCAGUACCAACCAGUCAUGGUGCUACCGAUGAUGGCAAGGGAAUUGUUUCACUCUUGGGUGUACUAGACUAUUUUUCAAGACAUCAGCCAGAAAGAACUAUCGUUUUCAAUUUUAACAAUAAUGAGGAAUUUGGAUUGUUGGGUGCUGAAGCGUUCAUGCGGCAUCCCUGGUCGAAGAUCGUGAGCUAUGUGAUUAAUCUAGAAGGAACUGGCACGGGAAGUCAAGCAGUUCUGUUUAGAGCUUCUGAUACAGCUCUUGCUAAAGUUUACCGGAAUGCAGUAAGGAAAGCGCCCUUUGGUACUUCGAUUUACCAGCAGGGUUUCAAUGAUGGUAGUGUUCGUAGUCAGACUGAUUAUGCAGUGUACACUAACUAUGGCUUACGUGGACUCGACAUUGCCUUUUAUAAACCUAGAGAUCUCUAUCAUACGAUCAAGGACUCCAUACAAUAUACUUCCAAAGAAGCUUUGUGGCAUAUGUUUCAUUCAACGUGGCAGUUGACGAAUUAUUUUUCCAGAAAUGAGGAAAUUGAUAAUGGGGACCUAACUCCUGCUAUUUUUUUCAGUGUGUUGGGACUCAAAUUCUUCGCCUUCAGCGCUCGUACACUCUUCAAAUACAAUUGUGUCAUACUACUUGCAUAUCCUUUACUAAUAUUAAUAUUCAAUAUUGCUGGACAGAAAAAUGACAAGGAGAAAAGGAGCUAUUGGAAUGUGUCGGUUCGGUUACCCCUUUCAUUUGGAAUUUCUGUUGCAAUCGCUUAUCUUACUCAGUUUGCCUUAACUACUUUAAACCCGUUUGUUCUAUCCCGUAGCUAUUUUCUGCCCUUAUUCGCUGUCGCAGGAGCAUUCAGUGUGGCCAACUAUCUUAUUCUGUCAUUUAUGGAAUACAUAUCACCAAUGCAAGACUUUAAAACUACUAUAUUUCACCAAGUUACCAUACUUUUAUGGUUUGUUUUGUUGAGUUCAACAAUAACAUUAUACAGAAAUGGAUACAAAGAAACAGGUGCCUAUAUUUGUACUUUCCUUUAUCUUUUAAUGUCGAUAGGAACAAUCCUGGGCCGUGUAUGCAAGAUUUUCAAGAAAGCUCAAAUUGAGGAAAAAAAUGGGACACGUAAACCUCUAUCCUCAUAUGGAACAGAUGAUAAUGCUGGUCAUUCAUAUGAGCAAUCGGCAGACGAGGACUUGGAAAAUGCCGGCUCAGCCGAAGUCGCAACUAAUGAUGCUAACUCCACUACCAAUGGUCAAAACGGGCUUGUCGAACAAUCAGAAUCCGAGCUGGACGAAAGGGCACCAUUACUAGAGAAUCGUUCACCUAAGGUUGACUCGGCCGCUGAGAGCAAAUUCAAAGGAAUUGCUAUUAAAAGUUUGAAUUAUGAUUGGAGCAUUCAGUUUUUGUUUGUUUUUCCAUUGGCGACGUUUAUUGUUUUCAAUGCUUUGGAUUUAACAUUGGACGCAGUUCAUCAAACAAUUCAAGAGGACAAAAUAGCGACAGCUUUUACUUGGAACAUUGUACUAAUUGGGGGUAUAGCUUUAUCACUUCCUUUGUUACCUUUCUUGUACAAGAUUAACUAUGUUUUAGGUCUGCUCUUAUCUUCAUUAUUCUUUAUCUCGGCUCUGUUAUCGAUCGUUUUAGCUCCAUUCACUGAGGAAGCACCACUUAAGCUGCGUUUCUCACAAGAAAUUGAUUUAUCAAAUAAAAAUGAGCCAAUCGUUGCAAUAUAUGGUAGACAAGGUGGAUUUAUUUCAUCAAUGCUAAAUGAUUUACCAAGCAUAAAACAAAAUAAUGAGACUGUUUGGUGUGAAGAUCUAUCAAAUGGUAUGGAAAAUUGCUUCUAUCGCGGUCUUUCCCCCAGCUUGGUUGAUUCGGAUACAUUCAUGGGACCAAAUGAUCUUAUGUCCAUCAAAGUUUUGGAAAAUGACAGAACAUCGCCCGAUAGAUCUUUAUAUGCUCCAAUCAAUGCACGGUUCGAAGUGAAAGUUAAACAAAAUAGAGCAUGCAGUUUAUGGUUCAAUAGUUUAACUCAAAAAGAUUCUCCGGUCAGACAGGUAACUAUCUAUAAGAGUUGGCACUACGAAAAAAAUGAAACAGAAUCUGAAGUCAUCAGGAUCAACACCGGGAUCGAUCAGCUGCAUCUUUACAAAGUUGACUUUGAUAUGCCAUAUUAUGAUAUUGGAGUUCAGUGGCUACCAAAAAUCGUGACAGCUGACCCAUCUAACACAAUUGUAGAGCAAGAAAAAGGUGAUGAAGAUAUUCUUGGAGUUACUAUAAAAUGCUAUUGGGCUGAAUAUGAAACAGAAUCCAUUGUCUCGGGUGAACAUUAUAGAAAAGUACCUGCUUUUGACGAGCUACUAGAAUACGCGCCUAUAAAUUACUCAUUUGCAAAUGUCGACAAGGGAUUAGUUUUCAUAUCUGAUGAAAUUAAAUUAUAA